GAAAGAGACAAUCGGGGCGCAGCGAAGUAGGUACUCUGGUAUUUACGAGCACAAACGCGAAGCGGCCACAUUUUGUCCCCUUCGCCGAAGAGUGAAUAGCACUAGAUAUGCAAGUAAAUAAUAAUCAAAAACUGUCGUUCUUUAUUUACAGUCUAUUCGUCUGCAAUGUUGCCAGAAUGUUUUCAAGUGACGGACGUUUGCGCAUGCCAAAUCCUCACGAGAUAGUUCUGCGACUGCAGUAACAACUUAAUACUUUCGCAGAAGAUGUGAUGAUGGAAUUUUUUUCCCUAUCUAGGGCCACCUCAGCAAAAGUGCAUGGCCAGGAUGGGUACCUGUGUGCACCUCUAGUGCUUGUUCUUUUUUUCGUCUUUAUUGGAAAAUUGUCGAAGUACUGAGCGCUGAAGUUUGCCACGGAAUGUUCAUUUUAUAGAACGCCAACGCUAAGGAAUGAUAAGUGCUUCAAAAUCAGUUGUUGUUAGCACAUUAUUGGGUCUCUGCCUCAGCUGGAUUACCGGCAGUUUUCAAAAAGGACAAUAUGACCUCAAUGAAAAAUCAUGCGGUUUGUCGGAGCCGGAAGCGAGAAUUAUCAACGGAACGGUGACAUCGAAGAUACAUGUGCCAUGGGUGGUUAUUGUCUUGCGGAUACUGGACAACUUCCACGUGCGAAGCUGUGGUGGUAGUAUCAUAACUAGGAACAUCAUUUUAACCGCUGCUCACUGUGUCUUAAGCGACGAGGAGGGGCGAUCGGUGCGACAGUUGGUUGUUUACUACAACUGCAGUGACUUCUAUUCAGGCCCCUGUAUUGAUGUGAAAGAAGGACUUAUACACAAAAAGUACAUCGAUGUAUUCCAAGGCUAUGACAUCGCUCUAUUGAAGCUUUCAAGUGCUUUACCAAGGUUCGACCGAUUCGUCAGGUCUGUUUGCCUGCCUAAGAGAGGAGCCCCUACAAAGGCAGGUCCCAUGCUCUUGCCAGGAUAUGGCACCACAAGUAUAAAAAACACAUUAACAGAUCAGCUUCAGUUCUACACUGCCCAAGUUUUCUCGGAUGUGGAUUGUGACAAAGGACUACAUAAACAAGGCCGAGACACUCUGAACAGCGACCUGGUCAUUUGCAGCCGUAGCCACUUCGGGAUGACAUGGAAUGGUGACUCUGGAAGCCCAGUAACAGCAGUCUUGCGAAAUGGAAAAUCAACGCAAUACGGUAUCCAUUCUAUUGGAGGCGAAAACAUGGACCUUCCAGUGCCGGCUAUGCAUACAAGGGUGGCCACGUUCGUUCGGUGGAUCCGGAAGUCACUAAAGCGAGUGGACGAAUGGCCGAUGGUCGUCACCGAAGGGCCAGGGAAUGAUGAGCCCUUGUGCAACCAACUGGAGACGGCAGCGGUAUAAUUGUUCAACUUUGAAGAUAUUGCAGCACGUUUUUUCAUGUAACAGUGACGUUUCAGAGAUGUCUUGCCUCACGUGUCGAAAUAGGCAUGCUUCUUGUUUAGGCUUUCGAUAUGCUAAGAUGACAUAAUUUUUUUUCAUGUCAAACAUUUACCCUGCCAGUUGUUUUCAUUAAACGCAGUGUAAAGAUUUGUUUCCGGCUUUCUCCGUUGGCUUGAUGAUAUAGGCACAGCACGAUGCCGUCCCUCCUUAAGUCUAUUUGUUUCAGGCAGUCGCCAGGUAAUCGUAUGACCAGUGCAUUUUGUCCACCAUGGAUAGAUGUUCAGAUUAUUCUGACGUACAUUUUUGGUAUCCUACGUUGCAUGUAGCUGCGGCCUAAGAUACAACAAAUUUUGACAGGCAAAUUCAAUGCUUAUUACAUAUCCGUGAAAGCUUUUGGAAAUUUCGAAGGACAAAUACGUAAAUGUUAUGUCACCCUCACACUGCCUGCUAUUGUCCUCCUCGUUCGUUUAGAUUAUACGGCGUCUGAAUGUAGGAGACUGUGCCUUUGAGUUUCACCGAAAGAAUAGAGGUAGCAUUUCCUUAAGCAUCUCGUUUUGCUUUCGGAAAAAUGGUGCAGUGUUUAGAAUUUUGUUUCAGACACACCAACAACGAAUACUUUUCAACUUGAGAAUCGUGCCCGUUUCUUUUGCAAGGUGGGCACUUUUCUUAACGUAAAAUAAAAAGAUUUGUCAGUUCAUAAAAUGCAAGGAGUCUGGGUUGGUGAUUUUAAGUGCUUUUGCCUGUUAAUUGCUGCCCAACCGAAAUACACUAUCUGUGUAAAUAUGGCCUCCAAAAAUAUUAUUUUAGAUUAAUCUGCUUGAAUUAAAUGGUGAAUAAAAAUUAUUUCACAGAAAUGAUCAAUAUCCCAAUAUGCCGAUUACAAUCACCGGCUCUUAAUGAAGUACGGUCGCGUGAACAUGCUAGUGUGAGCUUUUCAUGUGCAAAUUCUAAGUAAUAAAACCACGUUGACAUUUUUUAUGCGUCAAUUGCGCUUCGAAAAAAAAAUUAACUACCCUACCAAAGCUACGUUUAUGCGAUAUGGUACUGCUUGAACUUUCACAAUAAGUAUACAUCUUUUAUGAGAGAUCUGAGCGCUUGCUCAUCAGCAAAAUACGUAUUAUUGUGUUUAUUAUAUUUUCGGGAUUGUAUUAGUUCUUUAUUAUUUCCGUGCAAGAAAAAGGCUAAAAAGUACACUCCAAAUACUGAUAUUGCAUAAUUGCUAGAAUGUAAUUCAGGAAAGCUAUGUACUUGUCUCUUGCACGUCCAAACAUAUUGCGUACAGGAACUUUCACACAGCAUGUGGCGGAGGAUGUAUAGUGCGGCAUGUUUCUAGGAAAUAAAAAAAGCGUCUGAGAACUUGCGAA